AUGGCGGCGGCCACUAUGUCCCUCUCCUCCCCGGCCUUCGCCGACAAGGCGGUGAAGAAUGUGUCGUUGUCGGCCCUCUUCGGCGAGGCACGUGUCACCAUGCGCAAGACUGCGGCAAAGGCAAAGCAAGUUGCUUCGAGCAGCCCAUGGUACGGUGCCGAUCGUGUGCUCUACCUUGGCCCACUAUCAGGUGAGCCGCCGAGCUAUUUGACCGGCGAGUUCCCCGGUGACUAUGGGUGGGACACAGCUGGACUCUCAGCUGACACUACUAAAAAAAGACCUACUAAUGGUGCACCGGUUUUGCCUACUAAUGGCGCAUCACCGGUGCGCUAUUAG